AUGGCAAGGAAGACACAAAAGUAUGCUUACAGUGCAAAGUAUGAAAUCGAUAGGAAUGUUGAAUUUGAGUAUGACUCUUAUAUUGAUCCAGAUAGUGUUGUUCGAUUAUUAGAUGUUGACAAUCGAGUUUUAUUACCAUCACAAGAAUUUAUUCGUGCUUUGAUUACAUCAAAUGAUGUGUUACAUUCUUGGGCUCUUCCAUCUUUAGGUGUUAAAAUAGAUGCUGUUCCUGGGCGUUUAAAUCAAUUUAUUUUUAGUAUUUUGUUGAAUUCAGUUAUUCAUGGAAACACAGACGCUUCCAAAUGUGCUGACUAG